AUGUCGACGUUCAACGAUGACUUUGAGAGACCGUUCGAGGAUUUUGAACCUCUGCAGUGGGGCGCAUUGCGCGAGAUGUGUCAGGCCAACGUGGAGUACUUCACCGACCACCAGGACAAGAACAGCGUCCGGAUCAGGGCCGCCCUCAUGGCGAUUCUGGAUUACCUGGUCGAGAUGCAGCCGUUGUACAGGGAGAUCGCCAGAUUCGCGCCGUACUUCGACUUCGACGAGGACACGCCGGGGAACGGAUACCGAAGUUUCCUCUUCAUGGUUGACAGGUGCAUCAUGCACUCCGGUCUGCUCUGUCGGCAGAUGUACCAUCAGAAGGACUCUGUAUUCUUCCGGAGGAGCUACUACAUGAAGGAAAUAGAAGCUUGUUCCCAGCUGUUGGCGUCGCUUUACACAUGUUUGCAGCACUUAAAAACGAUGUAUUCGUGGAGCACGGAAGUAAUGAGCGAUGGGAAGCUGUCGCUGUUCCCACUGGAGCAAUACAGUAUUCAGGAACUUCUCAAUAACGCGGAAGAUAUCAAUCAGUACUGUUUUUAUGGCAGGUGCUUAGGAUUUCAGUUUUGCGAUACUUUGAGACAUGUUUUAAAAUCGUUAUCGUUCUUUAUGGCGUCCUUCAGUGAAAUGUACUAUAGCAACGGUACGCUACUAGGGCGAUGCACCAAUUCCGUCAAGUAUUUAUUGGAUCCCGAAGCAAGAGCUCGUCGUAUUGUUAAUAUAGCUCAGCAUGCUGACAUUUCUUUUUGUCAGGCGUUUUGGUUUCUCAGCGAAUCUGCAAUAAUGAACAUAUUAAACGUCUCGACUUUACCAAUCAAUCAAGUAAUAUCUAUUCCGCCCGAGGAAUUAGUUCUACCUACUGUGGAUGGUGGAACUGUUUCCAUUCCAAUACCAAAUAGUCACAUUGGAAAGAAACCGAUCCAUGUUAGACUGCUAAGCUCCAAACGGCGUCUAGGAAUGGUUGGAUCUGGAGGUAUAGGAGGAGAAUUAUGCGGUUUGAGCGACGAACUGAUUAUUCAUACCCACGGAGGCGGAUUCGUGUCGCAGACCUCGCGAUCGCACGAAAUGUAUCUACGAAAUUGGACUGUGACGCUUGGUGUGCCAAUCUUGAGCAUAGAUUACAGUUUAGCCCCAGAGGCGCCUUAUCCUCGUGCGCUUGAAGAGGUGUUGUAUGCUUAUGCUUGGGCAUUAAAGCAUGCUAAUACUUUACUUGGAAGUACAGCAAAGAAAGUGAUACUUGCUGGCGAUUCUGCAGGAGGAAACUUGAAUUUAGGAAUUACUUUAAAAUGUAUGCAAUUAAAUAUAAGAAUACCAGAUGGUAUUUUUAUGGCAUACACACCACUACGUGUCGAAUUCGUACCGUCGCCUUCUCGUAUGCUGUGUCUCACGGAUCCAUUGCUACCAUUCGGAUUUAUGUUACGCUGCUUGAAGGCUUAUGCAGUAUCUGAUACAAAGAAACCCACAAAAGAACAUGAGAAUGAAGAAGACCUCAAGUCAGAUACAGAGUCUUUUGCAGAAGUGAGCGAAAGUGACCUUAUAGCAUUAGCCCUGAGUCCGAACGGAGACGGCGCGAACGAUGAUCAGAAAUUAGUAUCCCUUCCAUCCGAUUCGACGUUAAAUUCUGUCAGCUUGACAGAAGUCGAUGGUAUUGAGUGUCCGAAAACACCAGCGAAAUCUCGAGAAUAUAUCAGUAAAUUUUUGGACAUGUACAGAAAAUCCGGCCUUGCUUCAACAUCGUCGUCUGUUCCAAGGAACGGUAGUGUCAGUAUAAAUGGUAACAGUUCAGGACAAAGUAACAAAUCGUGGUUGAAGAAAUCUUUGUUCGGGUGGUCCUUCGGUAGAAGAAGUAGUAAGGAUAGCAGAGAACUUAAUAUGGAGAAUACAAUUUCUUCCGAAGAAUUCGCUUUUACAAUACCAAGGGAUCCCUUCUUGAGUCCUUAUCUAGCACCAGAUAAUAUGCUAGCUAAUAUACCGCCCAUAACUAUACUGACGUUACACCUUGACCCUUGUCUCGAUGAUUGCGUCAUGUUUGCGAGGAAGCUUCGCUCGCUUGGCAAUAAAGUCACGUUGGAUAUUUUGCAGGGUUUGCCACACGGGUUUCUCAAUUUUUUACAGACUUCGAAAGAAGCAAUGGAAGGUUCAGAGGUUUGUGCCAGGAGGAUAAAAGAAUUACUGGAACUAUAACUGUCCAAUAUUUAAAAAAACUAUUAUAAUUGUUUAUAUAUAUAUACACAUAAAAUGUCCAGAAAUUUGCAAAUACAAAAACUGAAGCAGGAAAGUUCUUGAAAAAUUAAAUAAAAUAGUUAUUUAUAGAUUUUUAUUUCAAACAGUUUUUGAGAUUUAAAGACUUAAAGCUGGUCAAACAGAGAUUACAUUCAGACGAUUGCUUAUUAUGCGGUUACUAAUACUGCUCACACAACUCAUAGAUGCGACUGUCUAAAAGUAAUUUAUGAUUGGCCAGCUUUAAAUCCUUAUACCUUAAAAAUUACAAUUUGAAAUAAAAAUUUAUAAAUAAUUAUUUUAUUUAAUUUUUUGAGACUUUUCUUGUUAUGAGAUCUUAAUUCGCGAAUUUUGAAACACCCUGUAUAUAUCGAGCUAGAACGAGGAGAUGUACUUCAGUCUAUUUGAGCAACACAUAUUUAUAUGAAUAUAAUUAUGUCUGAAUACGACAUAAAUACAUGUCAUUUUUUUCUGCAGCUUAACUAUAUUUUGUAAUAUUUCAGAAAUUAGGCAUAUGAUAGACAAAGCUUUACAUUAGUGAUUUUCUACUGCAUUAGUUGCAUAAGUUAUAUUACUGUUGUCACAUUGAUGUCAUGUAUUGCCAAAUGGCAUUAUCUAAAAUGAUUAGAAUUAGGAUGUUUCAAAUCUGAUAUCCGAUCACAUAUUAGUAAAAAACGUCCUAUACAGAAAUAUUAAAUUAUUCUAUUUUCUUGUUAUAUAACUAUAUUAUGUUAGAUAGCAAAUUAAAAUUUACACUUAUUAUUUGUGAUAUUCAUCUUACAUGACAAUUUUUUAUAUGUGAAAUAACCAAUGUGCAAUAUACUUGUUUUUUACAAAUAUAUAUUUUUCAAUAUGUGCAUGUAAUCGUAUUAAUGCCACAAUUUUCUAAAAGAAAAUGGUUUAAAUAUUAUGUACAAAUUUUUAAUGCAUCUGAGUAGAGAUGGGGACAAUAAAAACGAUAUAUAGAAAUCGCA